AUGUAUAACUUCUUGAAAAAAUGCAUCGAUGAAGAGGAGAAAAAGGACCAUGGUGACACUGUGGACAUCACCUUUGUAGCUCAUGGAUCAAUCGGAGACUUCAUGAUCCCAGCCAACUGUCUGCUGCCUCUGGCCUCCAUCAGAGAUGUGGUGCUUUAUGCUCCCUGGAACUGUGUCUCCUCUGGCGCAGAGAUUACGUACGGUAUUGCCUCUGGAAGAAUGAAGCCUCAGCACAGGAUCUUCUGCUGCUCCAAGAAGGAUGGCUGUACCGUUCCUGAUGAAAAACAUCGACCCAAGAAUCUACCAGACCACUGGAACUCCAUGAAGAACGCUGGAGACCAGAUGAUCCCCAACAUCACAGUUCGUCCUCUUGAACCAGAUGAUGGAAAUGAAGCUGAGAGUGUCCCGUUCUUUGUGGUCACCUUGGCUCUGUCUCUGGUUCUGUUCCAGUCCAGGUUUAAAGCCACCGUCCACCUGGAUACUUGCCUGGUAGACCGUUCUGUUGGACAGAAGUUUGACAGGGAAUAUCUGGAGAAGCAGUACUGCUGUGCUGCUGAUGAUACUGGUGUUAAAUGUUCGUCAGAGAUCUUCAGCUCGUCUUCAGAAUAUGUGAAGAUGUCCAAUCCAUCUGAUCUUCCAACCACAUCUGGUCAAGCUGCACUGCAGUUCGACUUUCACAGUAUGUUCAGUUCUGUGAAGGAGGGCUGGUUGGAGAAGCGUUGUGUUGAGUUUUCAUGUUACAUUGAUCCAGAGCUGUUCAUCAUGGACAGGCAUCAGCAUAAAUCCACAGCCUCUCAAAAAUCUAGACCAGUCGAAGUCAGCACCAUGUUCCAACAUCUUUCCAGAGGAGGUCAAUGCAGCAAAACAGUGGUGACCAAAGGCGAAGCUGGCAUUGGCAAGUCCUUCCUUGUGGAGAGGUUUAUGCUGGACUGGGCCGAAGGUCGAGCAGGUCAAGAAUUUCAUCUGGUUUUUCCUUUUGAUGCUCGCCAGCUGGGUUUAUGUAGAGGAAAGAGUUUCAGGCUAGCAGAGCUAAUUCACACGUGUGUUCCAGAAAUGGCAUCUAUUACAGAGGAAAUGUUUAAUGAAAUCUUUACAGACCUACAAGACGUCCAACACACUAUUGAUGAAAGAAAGAAAUUUAAGCUUCUGUUUGUUAUCGAUGGUCUGGAUCAGAAUCUCCUUGAACUUGAUUUUACCGGCCGAACACGAAAGCCGGAUAUCCGAAAGUCAACCAGAGUAGAAGUGCUUCUGACUAAUCUCAUCAUGAAGAAACUGCUUCCUUCUGCUUGUCUCUGGAUUAUCACACAAUCUGCAGCAGCCAAUCAGAUCCCUGCUAAGUGUGUUGACAUGGUAACGGAGCUCAGAGGGUUCACUAACCUGAAGAGAGACAAGUUCUUUAGGAAGAGAUUCACAGAUGAAGAGAAGUCCAACAGGAUCAUCUCCCACAUAAACACAUCGCAAGGCCUCCAUAUCCUGUGCUACAUCCCAUUCUUCUGCUGGAUCACUGCUACUGUUCUGGAGGAGUUCUUGGAGGCCAGAGAGGGAGAAGAGCUGCCAAACACCCUGACAGAGAUGUACGCAGAGUUUCUGAUGGCUCAGAUCAACCACACAGAGAAGAAGUAUGCUCCGGAAAAGUGCAUCAAAUCUUUGGCCAAACUAGCCUUUCAGAACAUCCUGAAAGAUCAAACAGUGUUCACCGAGGAAGACUUAAGGAGAUGUGGCCUUACGGGUGGAACUGCAUUGUUCUAUUCCAGGUUGUUUAAAAAGAUCUUUAAGGUGUUUCCUGGAAAGAAGUCAGAGGAGGAACAGAUGUUCUGCUUUGCUCAUUCCAGCAUUCAGAAGUUUCUUGCUGCUGUUCAUGUGAUUAUUUCACUGAUCACCUACAACAGAAAUGUUAUGCAUGUGUCAUGGUUUAACACUGAUGAUUGGCCCCAAUUAUUCAGCAGAAUAUCUGCAACAAAGGUUCACAGGAGGGCGUUGAAAAGAGCCCUGAAAAGCCCAAAUGGAAAGCUAAACCUGGUCCUACGGUUCAUCAUGGGUCUUUCUCUGCAAACAACCCAGGUCCGUAUGGCUGGCCUGCUGACACCAACAGGAAAUGUCACAUGGUCUAACAACGAAACAAGUAAAUACAUCAAGAGGAAAAUCAGACGGAGUAAAUCACCAGAAAAAAUGAUAACCAUGCUGCACUGUCUGAAUGAGCUGAAGGAUGAUUCUAUCGGGGAGGAGAUAGAAUAUGUCCUGAGAUCAGGAAGUCUACUCACAGACAGCCAAUGGUCCGCCCUGAACUUCAUCCUACUGUCCUCAGAAAACCACCCAAUUGAGUUUGACCUGAAGAAGUACUGUGCUUCAGACGGGGUUCUGCUGCAGCUCCUGCCUGUUCUGAAGGCCUCCAGCAAAGCACUGUUAAAAAGCUGUAAAUUAUCAGAGGCAUCCCUGGAAGUUCUCUCUCAGGUUCUCAGCUCUCAUUGCUCCAGUCUGAGAGAACUGGACCUGAGUUACAAUGACCUGCAGGAUUCAGGAGUGAAGCUGCUCUCUGUUGGACUGCAGACUCCAGACUGUAAACUGGAAACUCUCAGACUCCUGCUGGUUUCUGCCUGUGGAAUGAACCUAGAUCUGCUUCCUUCCAGCUCCUGGAACUCUCUGGGUGGUGUUCACAGCGGGCUGUUGUUAGCCAUCCGGCUGGAUUACACUCCUAUUUCUGGGCAAGGACUCAACUCUAAAACCAGUUCUGAGUCUUGA